GAAUCCUCCGAUCUGUCCCGAGUGUCUCCUCUGAGCUCCUGGCUGAUCUUCAGGAGAAACUCCAACAAGGGGGACAACCGUCGGAGCAAAGCGUCCCGGAGGACCUCCAAGCACGGUCUCCCCGGCCCUCCAGGACCCCCGGGCCCCCAGGGGCCUCCGGGGCCCCCCGCCCCUCUCCUGCCCCGACAGCAGGAGCUCAUCCAGGAGCUGCAGCUGAAACUGAGAGACCUGGCCGGAGGGGGCGGGUGUUUCCGGUGCGAUGCCGCUCCGCCUCGGGUCUCCACCUCCUUCCUCAGCCGCCUGCUGCUGCCCGUCAUCGUGCCGCGGCGCAGCCUGCUGGAGCUGCAGCCCUUCAGCCAGCCGGCGGACUCAGAGCUCAGCCUUCAGAGGGGGCGGAGCUUCAACAGCAGCACCGGACGCUACACGGCGCCGCUGAACGGAUUCUACCAGCUGACUGCCAGCCUGCUGAUCGAGUCAGGUGACAGAGUCCAGGUGAGACUCAGAGACAGUGUGAGAGCAGCGAUCUGCAUCGAGUCUCUCUGCCAGAGCAACCUCUCUGUAGAGUCUGUGAUGGGCGUGGCGGCUGGAGGAGGAACGUUCAGUGUCCUACUGACAGGAACACUCUAUCUACAGGCUGGAGAGUAUGUGUCGGUGUUUCUGGACAACGCCACAGGCUCGUCCCUCAGCGUCCUGCAGGAAUCUCUGUUUUCCGGCAUCCUGCUGGGAGUGUGAACGCCUCACGACCCCGCGUGGUGAUGGACACAUCUCAGCAGGGACGUCACCUGAUCCCCAGCAGUUUAACAACACUGAGUCACCUCUGAGACUCAGGUCCGAGGUCACCUUUCUCUCUCUACUGAAGACUGUUUUCAUGGAGCAGCACCUGGUGGACGUUAGAGGAACUGCAGCCACGAUGUUCCUCUGGACAAGUAUUACUUCCCCGAUCUUUCAAAGACUGAUGACAUUUUAUAUUAAAUCAUAUUUAUUUGGUUCCUUCCCUUCAGGACGUAACAUCCAGGUGAGUUGAACCAGGCAUUGAACCUGCAGAUGCACGCGCUGAGAAAACAUCUCAUUAUAGACUUUAGCGUUUAUUUUGCUAACUUUUUUCCAUCAAUAUCCACCAAAAGUUAGCAUUGCAUAAAGCCCAGCAAGAACUUUGAUCCUGGCUUCAUUUCCACAUUGCUGUUCUGGAAAUGUAAUAAGCUCACGCCUCAUUUUCAUAUUCAAACCUGUCAGUGGGGGGGGUCUUCUGUUAGGUACAGUUUCGCCCUGUUCACCUGAAGAGUCUCUCUUUAAGGACAUCUGAACACAGGACGUGUGUUUCUAUGUAAAUCACUGACCCGCUCAUCUCGGCUGCUUGGUUCAGGAUUGCGUCUCUGGCUCUUUAUUUUAAAAGUGAUAUUUAUUCUCUUAUGAUAAACAAGUUGUGAAUAUUUCUGAUAUUAAAACACUUCUACUUUC